CAUAAAACCUCUAUAUUAUUAGCUAAAGAGUUUCUAUAUAUAUGAAGAAAAAAAAACAUGAAAAAGACCUUAUCCUAUAAAUUAAUUUAAAAAUAUUGACUCAAGCAAGUUGGGUUGGCAUGCAAGUAACCAGAUGGGUCCCAAGAAUUCUGACGUAGCCUUGGUUUGUGGAAACUGUCAAACGCCGUUACUGCUAAAACUUUGUCAACUCGCUGACGCUUUGCGCCACCGACCCACCGAGUCAUCACCCGCCGUUUCCAAUCUAACGAUAACGCCAACAAUAUUUUGUUCCUCCGUCAGCUCCCUCUCUCUCUCUCUAGCCUUUCCCUCUCGAUUCGGUUGUCUUCAAAAACCGCUCUCUUUUCUCCAAUGGACUCAAUCUCCUUUCGUCCUCUACAGUCUACUCAAUUUCUUCUUCCUCCGAUUCCACUUCAUUUCUCUCUCUAGACUUUGACAUUCCAUUUCCAUGGGGGCGGAAAUUCCUGGAAUUGUCAGGCUCAAGUGCUCUGUUAAGAACUAUGACUGGGGAAAGCUCGGGGAAGAAUCGGCGGUGGCGCGGCUGUAUGCGAAGAACAGUGGGGAGGAGGUGGACGGAGGAGAGCCCUAUGCUGAGUUCUGGAUAGGAACUCACGAGUCAGGGCCGUCCUACGUCGUUGCAGCGGCGGAGGCGACUGGCGGAGUGAGGAAUAGUGGUGUGGAGGGGAGGGACGGCUGUGAUCGUAAGCAGGGGGAUUUUGUUAGUCUGAAGGACUGGAUUGAGAGGAAUCCGAGUGUGCUAGGGGAUAAGGUGUUGCAGAAGUGGGGACCUACUCUUCCUUUCCUGUUCAAGGUACUUUCAGUGGAAAAGGCUCUGUCGAUACAGGCUCAUCCUGACAAGGAUUUGGCUCCAAUUCUGCACAAGCAGCAGCCAGGAGUGUACAAGGACGGUAAUCACAAGCCGGAGAUGGCUUUGGCACUCACUGAGUUUGAGGCGCUGUGUGGAUUUGUUGGUCUUGAGGAACUUAAGACUGUUGUUCGCUCUGUACCUGAGAUGACUGAAGUGGUUGGUAAUUCAUGUGCGGUUCAAGUAUUGAACACUAGUGAAGACGAUGGGGAGAAGAAACUGAAAGAAGUCCUGCAAUCCUUAUUUACUGGUCUCAUGUUGGCUAGCAAGACUGUGAUAUCUGAAAUAAUUCCCAAGUUGAUAAGGCGGUUGAAUCUAAAAGGCCAGGUAAUGGAGCUGACUGACAAGGAAGAGCUGGUUUUACGGCUAGAAAAGCAAUACCCCGGUGACAUUGGUGUGAUAGCAGCCUUUUUGUUUAACUAUGUGAAACUGAACCCGGGUGAAGCUUUAUACUUGGCAGCAAAUGAACCACAUGCUUAUAUACAGGGUGAAUGUGUAGAGUGCAUGGCAACAUCAGACAAUGUUGUUCGUGCUGGUCUCACUCCUAAGAACAGGGACGUCCAAACUCUCUGUUCAAUGCUGACAUACAAACAGACUUUUCCAGAAAUCCUCCCCGGAGUUCCCACAAAUCCCUAUACCGUGAAAUAUAUCCCUCCAUUCGAUGAAUUUGAGGUCGACUGUUAUAAUAUUCCCGAGGAAGCAUCUACUGUUAUUCCAGCGGUUCCUGGUCCUUCUGUUUUUGUGGUGGUUGAAGGAGAAGGAAGCAUGCACGCUGGUUCUUGUAAGGAGGUGAUUGCCGAAGGUGAUGUGCUGUUCGCACCUGCAAGCACUGACAUCACUCUUGAAACUCUUUCAGCAUCCAUUGUGUAUAGAGCUGGAGUUAACAGCAGGGUUUUGGACAAAUCUGACAACUUCGCAGCAAAACUGGUGCUCUAGUAAACGGGCUCCUGUUUUUCCUAUAUGGAUCUGUCACGUGUAAAUUCACAACUAGUUAUACAUCACAUAUAGAAUAAAGAGAUAUGAAUUCAAGCGGAACGUGCCCAUCUCGCCACCAUUUUCUUAACUGGAAUUUUUUUAGUUUUUCUAGUUAAAAUAAGGCAAAAACUUGUGUAAUGUAACACACAAUCAUCGCAGUACGUGCAAUGAAUGGUUGAUGCUUCUACGUGAUUCAUCAUAUAAAA